GCUCCGGCUGGCUUGGCCUCAUCAGGGGCGGAUGUUUUCUCAGUACAACUUCCCAAUUUCCCCACCCAACCCCCAAACCAGACGAGACCCAGGCCCGGACUCAAGAAGUGAUCCCCCACCCACCUAUCCCCUGAAAGUAUAUUAUUGCGCUUGUCUCUUUCCCACCUCCCUCCUUAUCCGCAUUUGGCGCUGUGCUACUUUCAUCAGCUGCACUGGAAAACCGCACAAACUGGAAUCAAAAAUCUAGGCAGAAAGUAGAAUGACGCUCAUUUCCGUCCAUUGUAAGGGCUGAAAGUGACUCACAUGAUCCAAGUGGAGGUGUUAAAAACACUCAAAGUCGAUUUUUGUUCCUUCUUAUUGAUAGUUCACACGUCUGUCCUAGGAGUGAAGUAUUUCCCCUGCAACUGCGGCAGCUUUAAAGCCUGCAACCCCGCCCCUUCGCACUAUCACGGGAAUCUAGACUGAAAGCUGGAUGUGAAAAAAAAAAAGUUUGGAGGUCUCGCAGAAACCACUCUUCUCCUACCAGCUUCCAUUUAUGCGUUUAUUCUUUUACUUUGGGAGGUUUUCGGCUGAGACUUUGCGUCAAACCCGGGUGUCUUCCUGACUGUUUUCCCGGCUGAGAUUUCUCCGACUUAUUUUUUUCCUCUGCAGGAAUACAGAGAGAGGGGGGAAACGGUCUGGCUGCUUAAAGAUUUGUUUCGACAGUAAACUUUUGGCGACAUGGACGCGCACCGUGGCGCGCCUCCGGCCGGGCAGCAGAUCGUGCACGUCCGCGGGGACUCGCAGACGGAGCUGGAGGCCCUCUUCACGGCGGUGAUGAACCCCAACGCGGCCAAACAGCCUUCAUCUCUCCCCAUGAGGAUGAGAAAGCUGCCGGACUCCUUCUUCAGACAGCCGGAUCCCCGGGGCCACUCCAGACAAGCCAGUUCAGAUGGAGGUGUGUGCGGCUCCCAGGCUCCUCAUCACGUCCGCGCCCAUUCCUCCCCUGCUUCCCUUCCUGUCAACUCCCUCUCCACUCAAGCAGCAGAUGUAGCAGCAACACCAAUCAUACCCGAUGACAUGCCACUCCCCCGAGGUUGGGAAAUGGCCAAAACACCGACUGGCCAGCGUUACUUCCUCAAUCACCUGGAUAAGACAACCACUUGGCAUGACCCUCGCCUGGCACAGCUUCAGUCAGCUGCGGCUCAGCAUCCCAUCUCUGGCCCUCCGGUCCAUGCCCACUCCCUCAGCAACCCAGCACCUACAACGCAACCACAAAACAUCAACCCAGAGAAAGGUCCACUGCCUGAAGGCUGGGAGCAGGCUGUGACUGCAGAUGGAGAGAUGUACUACAUCGAUCACAUAAAUAAGAACACCACAUGGGUCGACCCGCGUCUAGCUCAGAAGAUGAACCCAAGCAUCCUUGGCAUGGCAAUGCAGCAAAGUCAGGAAAAGGACAGGCUCCGAUGCAAGCAAGGCAUCCCUCAGCAAAUCGCACCACAGGAUGUAGGAGGAAGGAGCCAGAUGCCCGGUGGGAUGGACCACGACAGGAGCGCACAGACACUCGUCCCGUCUCUGGAUGUCAGGAUCAGAGCAUCGAACCACGAACCUACACUUAAUGGCGCUCACUCUCGCAAUGAGAGCACUGACAGCGGUCUGAGCGUCAGCAGCCUACCCCGCACGACGGACCACAUGCUGAGCUCUGUGGAGCACAUGGACACUGGUGACUCGGAGCCCCCCUCGAUGGCCUUGCAGGACUCGAUGCCCGUGCUCCCAAUGUCCGAGGGCGAGGAACUGAUGCCCUGUAUCCCAGAGGGUCUGAGUUCAGACCUGCUGAUGGACAUGGAGACCGUUCUAUCCGGCUCGCACAUGGACAGAGACAGCCUGCUCACCUGGCUAUAGACACGACCAGCCACUGGUCCAAAUGUAAUUUGGCAUCAAAUUUCCAUAACGUGACUGAGAAUUCUGGUGGAUUUUUGGCUCCAAAGGUGGUACCGAACAACAUUACAGAGAGAAUAUGCUACCGUUGUGUGAUGGAUAACCUAACACUACUCACAUCCUGAGGAAGAAGGUGGUAAGCUGCUGGUAUUUUACUCUUUUUGGCCCUGGUUUUAAAGAGAAGCACGACAGAACAUCCAUGUUUUCAUUUUUCUAAUAACACUCCAUUCUUUUUAGUCUUUACUUGGUAGCUGGUUUGGAACAAACUUUUAAAGUGCCCCGUUAUACUCAUUUACAGGUUCAGAAUUUUAUUUUAAAUGUUUACUAGAAAAAUCUAUAAAUGAUUUUUUUAAUGCUGGUUUUCUCAAACUGUACAUUUAAAAAUGCCUUGUCAUUUACACUCCUGUCUCUUUAAGAUGGUCACUAAAAGGCUGCUCUGUUUGGUUGGUUGAAAUGACAAAAGCAAGGAAACACUGAAGAGGUUAUGAAGUUAACAGGUUUUUAACAGUCUAAGAGGCGUUGGGUGCAAGCAGAAAGCAUUAUUCACAUUAGGAUUAAAUUCAAUAGUUGAUUAUUUUCUCUCACAGAGAGCAUUUUGCAUGUAAUUAAGGCUAAAAUCACAGCACUCCUAUAGUUUUUAACGUAUGUCAAUGAUGUUUCUGUCUGGUCGAGGAACUCUAACGUUAGGUACAUUUAUAAUUACCAACUCUGUUGGUGAUACAAGGGUGGCCUGCAUCUGGAUUUAACUAGUUCCUCGUGCUUGCUUUUGGGCUCUGCAAAACUGCCAAGUGGGUAAUAUGUGUUACAUAGUGAGUUAGAUGAGUAACGGAGGAAAAGCCUGAACUGCUUAGAAAGCCCCUCAAACUGUUUAGCAAUAUCAUGAAGUCCAGUACAUGGUGUGGCAUGCAAAAAUUAAUUGUAAAACACUUUAACCAAAAGGUGGCAGUGUUUUACAAUAAAAUGUUAGUGUAGUUGUCCACGCAACAAAAUGGAAGUUUGUUUCUGCCACUUGAAAGAAAGAUCUGCAAAUUCUUUCUAAGUUGAAAUUUAUCUCAAAAUUUAGAUUUUAAAAUUUUUUAAGUUCCAAGUUAAGGUAAAAGUUUGAGAUAAUUACAAUUUUUAGGAAGUAUGUUUAAUUAUCACCUACAAAAAAAACAAACAAACCCAAAACUGUGCCAUUAACAAGCUUUCUUACACCCAGAAAUGCAUUAUUUUAUGUGUUUUUCAAAAUAUUUUGUGUUACUAUCC